GGGUCGGCGGGUUUGGACUUGCUGUCACCAUCCGCCUCCUCUCUGCCUCGCUCCCUGCCCCAGGGACUGCAACCGGCCAAAACUAACAGACAGGUGAUUGGCGUGCAACACAACGAUCGACUAAGGACAGAAAACGACGCCGCUCUGAAGUCAUGGGAUCCCUCUUCCCUCUCCUCUGUCUGUCUGCCCUCCUUUCUAUGGGACAGCCCUGGAAAGUUCUAGAAUAGUGGCUGAGCAAUUCCUGGCCUUGACCUUUAAUGUCUUUCAAUGGGAAGAAUAAAAGAAUAAAGUGCCCCUUGUACAUAGUGUCUGGCUUGUCGGGGAAAUGGGUUGAGAAAUCUUUUUUUUUUUUGUUGGCUUCAUGCUGGAGAACAUUCUUGCAUCUUUAAAAGAUUUUACUGCUGGAAGCUGCAUCACUGUCAGGACCCUCCCUCCACCCAACAUCACUGCACCGUGUGCUCCUCACUGCAUCAUACCGACACACUGCCCAGCCCUGCUCUGCUCUGCACUCCUCACCAUGGGCACCCUGAUAGCACUCACCUGCAUCCUCACCACCCUCAUCACCGGGGGUCAUGCUAUUCAUUGCACAGUCUGCAGGGCUGAAGGGGGAGACUUUACUUGUACUGGGGAAGACAAAGAAUGUGGAAGAGAUAAUGUGUGUGCCGCUACCAGCUCAAUAACCAUGAUGGAUGGACACAGUACAAAAGCUUUCGCCCGCUACUGCGCAAGACGAAGUAACUGUGGAGCUUCUGGGAGCAUCGUGUUCCAGGGAGGAUAUUAUAAAUCAACCACCUCCUGUUGUACCUCGGAUUUUUGCUCCCCCACCACUCCUACGUUGCCUCAAGAUGCCAUUCGCCGUAAUGGACUGACUUGUGGAAGCUGCACGUCCCUUGACUCUGAUUGGUGUCACACUAAGGAAACAAUAGAUUGCACCGGAGAAGAAAAUAGAUGCAUCCUGCAGAGAGAUGUGUACUCAGGAAAAAGGUAUAUCAAGAUGGCUAUGCGGGGAUGUGGCACCAAGACACUCUGUGACCUCGGAAGCCAAAACUUUUACUACGGAGCCGUUAGCAUGAGAAGAGAAAUCACCUGCACAAGCCAUGGUCUCAACCUUCAUGCCAACAUGUUGCUGGUUGCAAUAGCUGCUUUGUUUGCACACAGACUAUUGCUCUAGGCCCCAUCUUCUGAUCAUCAACCGUAUAGUGUGCCACUGUUUUCAACAGAAUGCCCUACGUGUACAUACUAGGAGCACAACGUUGGUUGGCGUAUGGCAUUUUUUUUUUGUUUCUGAAUGUCUGGCACCCUGGUGCAUGCAUCAAAUAUCAAACUGCUGCGCAUGAAACAUGCUUUCAUCACAACUUACUUGGAAUAAUGUAUAUCAAAUGGCUGUCACCUGACACUCAAAUCUCGCUUUUAGUUUCUUAUUCCCUUCAAAUAAUUUAUGGCACUAAUACCACUUUGUACUUGCCAAAGUUCCACCUCAAAAUCCUGGGGCAAGGUCAGGCCUGACCUAUGGGAUGAGGUUGAACCACACUUAUCUGAUUUUUGGGACUAUGUCAGGCCAUCUGCUUUUCUGGACUGAAUUUGGGUCACAAGGCCCUAUGUAAGUUCUGAGACAAGACUGUCUCACAAGUUGGACUAUGACUAUCUACUUCCAGGAAUGAGGUCAGGUCUCAUCUAAUUUCUUUCUGGGAACAGGUUUGGCCAUACCUAUCAGCUUCCAGUGAUGAGGUUGGGCCCUGUCUAUCUGUUCCUUGGGACUAGAUGGGGCCAUGCCUAUCUGUUCCUUGGGACUAGAUGGGGCCAUGCCUGUCUGUUCCUUGGGACUAGAUGGGGCAUUGCCUAUCUGUUCCUUGGGACUAGAUGGGGCCAUGUCUAUCUGUUCCUUUGGACUAGAUGGGGCCAUGCCUAUCUGUUCCUUGGGACUAGGUUGGGCCAUGCCUUAUCUGCUUCCUGGGCUAAAUUGGGGUAAUAUCUACUUCGGGGAUAAGGUUGAGUCACGCCUAACUGCAUUACGAGAUGACGUUGGACCUUAUCUAUCUGCUUCCUGGUACGAAGUUGGGCUCAUCUAUCUGCUUGCUAAUUUGAGGUUGGACCUCCCCUAUCUGCUUCCUGGGAUGAGGCUGGGACUAACUUAUCUGCUUCCUCUGAGAUGUUGGGCCUCACCUACCUGUUCCCUAAGGUUGGGACUAAUUUAUCUGCUUUCUAGAAUGAAAUCGGGCCUCACUUAUCUGCUUCCUCUGAGAAGUUAGGCCUCACCUACCUGCUUCCUGGGAUGGGGUUGGGCCUCAUUUAUCGGCUUCAAUGAUGACCUGGUCUAAACUGCUCUACCUUUAACUUUACCCAAUAUUGAGAAAUGGGUCAGCCCCCUUGAUCAACAGAGCAAGGAAAAUCCUGACCUUUUAGCAAUUGAGGCAAUUACCAUUUUUGAUUUAAUAUUGCCCAAAUGUAUUCAGUCAUAUUUUCUAGAUAAGCCAUUGAAUAUCAAGCUAAAGAUGAGGUUGUCAACCCAGGGAGCUAGGUACAUACAUCCAAUGUGUUCUAUGGUUCCCCAAUGAUCUGUAUUAACAUUUCAGUCUAGGAACUUUUUUUGUUUUAAAUAAAUAGUCAAGU